ACAAAAUCUGAAAAACAGCAGCAAAGUUGCAUGUUUGAAUUAACGUAGUGAGCCCCCUCUUCCGCAGAAGGAGGUCUAUUUAUCUUCGUGUCAAUUUAUAAUUGGUUCUAUAAUUUGACCCCAUAAAAUUUGAUUCUGCAAAAAAGGGUUAUAUUUAUGUAUUUCGAUUGUGGAGAAGCAAGAAAACUUGUUCCCUUUAUUAUUAAAGGUUAAAGUUUCAAUCUUUUGCUGUUGGGUGUUUUUAUUUUUCUGUUUUGAUAUCAAAAAUUGGGUUUUUUGAUUCAGAGGAGAGUGUAAAGGAAUCCUAUUUUUAUGCCCAGUUGAUUGGAAUGUAUGGAUUUGGUGAAAGCAUCAAUUUUAGUGUAUUAGUGAAAGAGUUUGUUGAUUUGGGGCUUUAGUUUGUUGAUUGGAUUAUGAGUAGUUUUGUUUAGUGAAUGAGGUAUUUAGAGCAAUGAGAGGCAAAAGCCUCUAUUUUAUUUGAUGGAUGCUACUAAUAGGACAUUCUCUGAUCUGUUGAAGUUACUGAAAUCAUGGAUCCCUUGGAGGUCUGAACCUGAAAAUGUAUCGAGGGAUUUUUGGAUGCCCGAUCAUAUAUGUAGGGUAUGUUAUGAUUGUGAUUCACAAUUUACAUUGUUUAACCGUAGGCAUCAUUGUCGUCUUUGUGGAAGAGUUUUUUGUGCAAAGUGUACGUCUAAUUGGAUUCCUGCAAUAUAUAGUGAUCCAAGGCCACUACGAGAGGAGUGGGAAAAGAUCAGGGUAUGUAAUUACUGUUACAAGCAAUGGGAUCAAGGUUUAGUUUGUAGUGUUAGUAAUGGAACACGGGUUGCUAACUUGCAUAUCAGUUCUUCGCCUUCUGCAACGACUAGUUUUACCAGCUUCAAGUCUAGUGGAACCGCGGACAGCAGUAAUAUUACCUUUGUUUCGGUGCCACCUUCUUGUGUACUUAGUCCGUGCAAAUCAUCUGUAACGGAAUCUUCUCUAGACAGGCAGAAUUUUGCAUCAGUUAGAGGGAGCUUUGAAUUUGCUCAUGCAGGAGUUUUGGACCCUUCUCUAAACCAAUAUGCAUUUUGUGCAACAAGGAGUGAUGAUGAAGAAGAUGAAUAUGGUGUUUACCAGUUAGAUUCCCAGGGCCAUUUUCCCCAGGUUAAUGACUACUACAGUCACAUUCUGUAUGAUGAGAUAAAAAAGGACUAUGGAUCACAUAAAGAGCACCCUGAUGGAGAAGCUAUUGAUGAAAAAAGUGUGAGCAGCUCUUCCUUACACAAUAGCUUUGAUUCCCAGGCUUCUGAAGAAGUCCAACAGAUUGUAAAACAGGACAUUUCUGAUGAAUGUGAAGUUCCUCCAUCCCUAAAUGUUCCAGAAGAGAUUAAUGUGGAACCUGUGGAUUUUGAGAACAAUGGACUUCUGUGGCUUCCACCUGAGCCAGAAGAUGAAGAAGAUGAAAAGGAAUCACUUAUGAAUGAUGAUGAUGACGAUGGGGAUGCUUCAGGAGAGUGGGGAGGUUUACGGUCAUCAAGCAGUUAUGGAAGUGGUGAAUAUAGAAGUAGGGAUAGGUCAAAUGAGGAGCAGAAAAAGGUUGUGAAAAAUGUGGUUGAUGGCCACUUCAGGGCUUUAGUAUCCCAGAUUAUGCAGGCUCAAGGCCUUGUCGAUGAGGAAGAUGAAAAAGAGAGUUGGCUGGAGAUUAUUACAUCCCUAUCAUGGGAAGCUGCUACACUUUUGAAACCAGACACUAGCAAGAGCGGAGGGAUGGACCCUGGGGGAUACGUAAAGGUGAAAUGUAUAGCAUCUGGACGUCGUGGUGACAGUGUGGUGGUGAAAGGAGUUGUCUGCAAGAAAAAUGUAGCUCAUCGACGAAUGACAUCCAAAAUAGAGAAGCCUCGCAUAUUAAUCCUUGGAGGGGCUCUUGAAUACCAGCGUGUCUCUAACCACUUAUCAAGUUUUGAUACUUUGUUGCAGCAGGAAAUGGAUCAUCUCAAGAUGGCUGUUGCCAAAAUUGAUGUACACCAACCAGAUGUUCUUCUGGUGGAAAAAUCUGUAUCUCGCUAUGCACAAGAGUACCUCCUGGCAAAGGACAUAUCACUUGUCUUAAAUAUCAAGAGGACACUUUUGGAGCGUAUAGCCCGUUGCACGGGUAGUCAGAUAGUACCUUCAAUAGAUCAUUUCUCAUCUAAAAAAUUAGGAUACUGUGACGUGUUCCAUGUUGAGAAGUUUUUUGAAGAGCAUGGUACAGCUGGACAGAGUGGAAAGAAGCUGGCGAAGACUCUAAUGCACUUUGAAGGCUGUCCAAAGCCACUGGGAUGCACUGUAUUACUCCGUGGUGCAAACGGGGAUGAGUUGAAGCAAGUAAAGCAUGUCUUUCAAUAUUCAAUUUUUGCAGCUUAUCAUUUGGCUCUGGAAACAUCUUUUCUUGCUGAUGAGGGAGCAUCUCUACCUGAACUUCCUCUGAAUUCUCCAAUAACUGUAGCACUUCCGGAUAAAUCAUCAACUAUUGGCAGGUCAAUCUCAAUAGUACCUGGUUUUACCAUUCCUUACACUGAGAAAACUCAAUCAUCACUAUGCGGUGGUGCACCACAGAGAUCAAAUAGCAUUCCCACAACAGACCUGGUCAAGACUGCAAACCUUUGUGCUCAGAAAAUGGGUAUGACAGAGUUCCCUACUGCUGCAAACACUGAGACUUCCUUCCUUGGGCCCUUGCUAACUGGUACAUCUGUGGACAGAGGUAUUAUGCAUAUGAUAGAGUCUUCCUUCUCAAAGCCUUCAGUAGCCAACAAUAUUCAAGAUGCCCAAGGAUACCAUUUCUUGUCUACCAGUUUUGCGCCUUCAGAUAAAGUUGAACAAGGUUGUUUGUCAAAGAAUGUCCAAUAUUGCAGGGUUGAUGUGAACCAAAGUGGCUCAAAUCCAAUGGUUUUGCAACUAGACGGACAAAAUGUUUAUGAUGAACCAGACUCUUCAAAGGAAGAGUUCCCUCCGUCCCCAUCUGACCAUCAAAGCAUUUUAGUUUCCUUAUCAUCCCGAUGUGUUUGGAAGGGUACUGUCUGUGAAAGGUCUCAUCUCUUUCGGAUAAAAUAUUAUAGGAACUGUGAUAAGCCAUUGGGUCGAUUUCUACGAGACAAUUUGUUUGAUCAAAGUUAUAGAUGUAGUUUAUGUGACAUGCCUUCAGAAGCACAUGUUCAGUGUUAUACUCAUCGUCAAGGCACUUUAACUAUUUCUGUUAAGAAGCUGCCAGAGUUUCUUUUGCCCGGUGAAAAGGAAGGAAAAAUAUGGAUGUGGCAUAGAUGCCUGAGAUGUCCACGGGUUAAGGGAUUUCCUCUAGCUACUCAAAGAGUAGUGAUGUCUGAUGCUGCUUGGGGUUUAUCCUUUGGGAAGUUCCUAGAACUUAGUUUCUCAAACCAUGCAGCUGCAAGCAGAGUGGCUAGUUGCGGGCAUUCGUUACACAGAGAUUGUCUUCGGUUUUAUGGUUUCGGAAAAAUGGUUGCAUGCUUCCGCUAUGCGUCAAUUGAUGUUCACUCAGUGUGCCUUCCUCCUGCAAAGCUGGAUUUCAACUAUGAGAAAAAUCAGGACUGGAUACAACAAGAAGUGAAUGAGGUCAUUGUCCGAGCUGAACGUUUGUUUUCUGAGGUUCUGAAUGCAAUUCGUCUUCUAGUGGAGAAAAAAUCUGGUGGUCAAGUUAACAGCAGCGCUGAAGCAUCUGAAGUACCUGAAGCAAGAGGUCAAAUUGCUGUUUUGGAAGGAAUGCUGCGGAAGGAGAAGGAAGAAUUUGAACAGGAAUCUCUCCAGAAAAUUCUGACCAAGGAGGCGAAAAAGGUGCAGCCUGUCAUUGAUAUUUUUGAGAUUAAUCGGUUGCGAAGGCAAUUUAUUUUCCAAUCUUAUAUGUGGGAUCACCGUCUCGUAUAUGCGGCCAGCUUAGAAUGUGAGGAUCAUUGCGUUACUGAAGAGAAAGCCCUUGUUGGUAAUGAUAAGUUCACUGGUCCAGAUAAUCCCUCCAGGCCUAGUGACUGUUUGAAUGUCCCUGAUUCUGUUUCUGUAACUCCAAUACUUGGUGAAAAAUCUAAUGAUGGAGUAAGUGGUAACCAAAUGAAUCAUGUGGACACAGUUCAUCAAGGAUCUGAGGUUCUCUUUGAUUCUAGUUGUGCAGUUGAGAAACCAGCAUGUCUUCCCGUUGGAACAGAAAGCUUCUGCGGGUCGAACUCUGCAGAAUCCAAUACAGAGGGGUCUAGAGCCCUUUCUGAUGGGCAGUCUGCGAUCAUGGAUAGUUUGUCCGAUACUCUUGAGGCAGCUUGGACUGGUGAAACUACUUCCGGUCCUGGAGUGCUGAAGGAUGGUACUUGCAGAUCUUCUGAACCACCUAUAGCAGAUUCUUCAACAACUAGAUUAGCAGAAAAAGUAGAUGUUGAAGACCCUGUGGAGGAACAUAACGGAACUAAGGCGUCUGGAUUUCCUCCUUCAUUAUCCUCUAAGAGCUCUGAAAGUGUGGAAGAUGCCGGGGGAUGGUUAGGUAUGUCUUUUAUUAGCUUCUACUGGUCACUGAACAAAAACUUUUUACCAAGUGCUCAGAAGUUGGAUACGCUUGGCGAGUACAGCCCUGUCUACAUUUCAUCAUUUAGAGAGUCAGAGGCACAAGGUGGAGCCAGAUUGCUCCUACCUGUUGGGGUUAAUGAUACCAUUAUACCAGUGUAUGAUGAAGAGCCCACAAGUAUUAUAUCUUAUGCACUAGUUUCACCAGAUUAUCUUGCACAAAUAUCCGAUGAACCAGAGAAAUCAAAGGAUACUAGUUUGGACUCUAACCUGCCACUGCAGUCCCAAGAAUCUGGAAGUCUGCAGUCCCUUCAAUCUAUGGAUGAAAUAGUAUCAGAAUCCCUCAGAAGUCUUGGAUCUAUAGAUGACAGUUUCUUGUCUUCGUCCAGUAGUCAUAGCUCUUCGGUUUUGGAUCCACUCUCAUGCACGAAGACAAUGCAUGCCAGAGUCUCCUUUUCGGAUGAUGGACCACUUGGGAAAGUGAAGUAUACUGUGACUUGUUAUUAUGCGAAGCGCUUUGAAGCUUUGAGGAGGAAAUGUUGCCCAUCUGAGAUGGAUUACAUAAGAUCUCUUAGCCGCUGUAAGAAGUGGGGAGCCCAAGGAGGCAAGAGCAAUGUUUUCUUUGCUAAAACCUUGGAUGAUCGAUUCAUUAUCAAACAAGUGACUAAGACAGAGCUGGAAUCUUUUAUAAAGUUUGCUCCAGCAUAUUUUAAGUAUCUUUCAGAAUCCAUAAACUCAAGGAGUCCUACUUGCCUGGCAAAAAUUCUGGGGAUCUAUCAGGUGACAUCUAAGCAUCUUAAAGGAGGGAAGGAAUCUAAAAUGGAUGUGCUAGUUAUGGAGAACCUUCUAUUUGGGAGGAACCUAACGCGGCUUUAUGACCUUAAAGGAUCUGCCAGGUCUCGUUACAAUCCCGACUCUAGUGGAAGUAAUAAGGUCUUACUGGAUCAGAACUUGAUCGAGUCUAUGCCAACUUCACCUAUUUUUGUUGGAAACAAGGCCAAGAGACUUUUGGAACGAGCAGUCUGGAAUGACACUGCUUUUCUUGCAUCGGUUGAUGUGAUGGAUUACUCACUAUUGGUUGGUGUUGACGAAGAAAAUCAUGAACUCGUUAUUGGGAUUAUUGACUUCAUGAGGCAGUAUACAUGGGACAAGCACCUGGAGACAUGGGUUAAGGCCUCUGGCAUCCUUGGUGGACCUAAGAACACACCUCCGACUGUAAUUUCACCUAAGCAAUACAAAAAGAGGUUCCGGAAGGCAAUGACCACCUAUUUCCUGAUGGUUCCGGAUCACUGGUCACCACUUACUAUUACUCCCAACAAGUCACAGAAUGAUUUGUCUGGAGAGAACACGCAAAGUGUAAAAUCUACCGAGUGAUUCUGUAUAUUUGAUCGUAUAACUGGGAUUCCCGGUUAUACUAGGUUCAUAUAUUUCUCCUCAGUUUUUCAAUUCUUUGAUAUGCAGUUUGCAGCUCCAGAGUAGGGAACACAUGAUUACUUGUUUAGAAGACAUUGCUGGAGGAUUAUAGUUCUAGUGAAAGGUUUCUCCUGCAUAGACAUAGGUAUACCUUAAAGAAAAUUCUUUUGUACAUCUUUUUUUUUAAGCAUGAUUUUUUCACCUUGUGUAGAACGCAAGUUGUACAUGAGUUACAAAGGAUCAAUUACAAUUUUUGGUCAAUGCAUGAUCUUGGAUAAGUUUAUGCUA